CCCCUCCCUCUCCUCCUCGGCGGCCGCCUAUAUAUACUCCCGGCGACCUCCAUUUCCCCAGGCCGCACGCUCGCCACCAACUCGCCCCCACCACCUACUACCUACCGCCCCGCAUCGAUCUCGCGCUCUCUCCUCGCAAUGGCGCUCGCCAUCAACUCCGCCGCCGCCGCAGCGGCCGCCGCCCUCUCCAACGGCGGGGCAGCCCAGCCGCCGCGCCCCAGAGCGGGGUUACUCCCGAUGAAGAGGCGGGGCAGCAUCUCUGCCGUGCACGCCGCCGACCCCGCCAGGGGCACCGGGUCCGUCCCGGCGGCCGCGAAGACCUCCUCCCCGACGGUGGCGCCCGAGGCGGCGGCUUCUCCGGCGGCGAGCUGGAAGGUCGACAGCUGGAAGGCGAAGAAGGCCCUGCAGCUGCCCGAGUACCCGAGCAAGGAGGAGCUCGACACCGUGCUGCAGACCAUCGAGACGUUCCCGCCCAUCGUGUUCGCCGGGGAGGCGCGCCACCUCGAGGAGCGCCUCGCCGAGGCCGCCAUGGGCCGGGCUUUCGUCCUCCAGGGCGGCGACUGCGCCGAGAGCUUCAAGGAGUUCAACGCCAACAACAUCCGUGACACCUUCCGUGUCCUCCUCCAGAUGGGCGCCGUCCUCAUGUUCGGCGGCCAGGUGCCCGUCGUCAAGGUAGGUAGGAUGGCUGGCCAGUUCGCCAAGCCUAGGUCCGACAACCUCGAGGAGAGGGACGGGGUUAAGCUGCCCAGUUACAGGGGAGACAACGUCAACGGCGACGCCUUCGACGUCAAGAGCCGCACCCCGGACCCUGAGAGGAUGAUCAGGGCCUAUGCCCAGUCGGUGGCGACGCUCAACUUGCUCCGCGCGUUCGCCACAGGAGGCUACGCUGCUAUGCAGCGGGUUAUCCAGUGGAACCUUGAUUUCAUGGAUCACAACGAGCAGGGAGACAGGUACCGUGAGUUGGCACAUAGGGUGGAUGAGGCCCUUGGCUUCAUGACUGCAGCAGGGCUGGGGAUCGAUCAUCCGAUAAUGACAACUACUGACUUCUGGACAUCCCAUGAGUGUCUCCUCUUGCCAUACGAGCAGGCUCUUACCCGUGAGGACUCCACAAGUGGCCUUUUCUAUGACUGCUCGGCACACAUGCUGUGGGUUGGUGAGCGCACCCGGCAACUUGAUGGGGCUCAUGUUGAGUUCCUCCGUGGUAUUGCGAACCCUCUUGGCAUUAAGGUGAGUGAUAAAAUGAACCCUGCUGAAUUGGUGAAGCUGAUUGAGAUUUUAAACCCUUCAAACAAGCCGGGAAGAAUAACCAUAAUUACAAGGAUGGGUGCUGAGAACAUGAGGGUGAAGUUGCCUCAUCUUAUCCGUGCUGUCCGCAAUUCUGGACAGAUUGUUACAUGGAUUACUGAUCCCAUGCAUGGGAACACCAUCAAGGCCCCAUGUGGUCUGAAGACUCGUCCAUUUGAUUCCAUUAUGAAUGAGGUGCGUGCGUUCUUCGACGUGCAUGACCAAGAAGGAAGCCACCCAGGAGGUAUCCACCUCGAGAUGACCGGACAGAAUGUAACCGAGUGCAUCGGUGGGUCACGGACCGUGACCUUCGAUGACCUGGGUGACCGCUACCACACUCACUGCGACCCAAGGCUGAAUGCUUCCCAAUCUCUGGAGCUCGCCUUCAUCAUCGCCGAGAGACUCAGGAAGAGGAGGAUGCAGUCAGGGCUCACAAACAACCUGCCACUGCCGCCAUUGGCCUUCUAAAACAGGAGAGGAGGGGUUAGAUAGUUUCGAUCUGCAAGGGGGUGGGGCAAUGGGCAUUCCGUUGAGUUUGUAUGGUGGGUGCUGUUUUGCAGAAGCUGUAUGCUUAUGAGCAGCUAUGGUACUUAUCGAGGACAGUAGCGUACUUGAGGUGUUGUAUUUUUAUUUAUUUUCUUGUUUUUGAAUGUCCGAUCUGUUUGAGCCUUUGGUGACCGAAGAAAAUAAAGCUGGGAUGAGUUCUGUUGGUGAA